UUUUUAAAUAAAUCCAAUGGCCAAACGGAUCAAGACCCAGAUUGAGAAGCACCUGGUGUACUUCUCUGAGCUAGAGAAGGUAUCCCUUAAAGGAAAACAAGAGAUGGAGGAAUUCCUUCAGUUUUUAAAGAAGAAGAUCCAAGUUGAGAAGAGCAAGGCUGCACAAAUUGCCCAAAUCUCUAUACAUGAAACUAAAUCUUUACAAAGUUCACCAUUCGCACAGGUUAUUGAUGCCAUGAAGAGGAAGUCUAAGAAUGAAGUUGAGCAAUAUGAGUUAUUUGUCAAGAAUUUAGUUGAGGACGUCGCCUUACCGUUUAAAGAAGCAAUGGAGGAAUUUGACCAAAAGUCUCAGCAAUUAUUUAGCAAGGUAAAGGAUAGCGUAAUCUUGCUGUCUUAUGACCUCGACAAGUACCAGAAGAUUAAGUGGAGAUACGAUGAUAGCUCAAGUGACUUUAUUAAAACGCUUUAUAAGUACACUGAUUUCCUCAAGCAAUCUACAGAGAAAAGCUCUGUAUUCUAUCAGAAAUAAGUUGUUCCAAGAGCUAGGCUCUCACAUGAUUCAGAACGAGGAAAAAGUUAUCGAAUGAGCCACAAAAGAAGAAGAAAUCAACGAUGAAAUUGAAGGUUACACUGAGAACCUUGAAGACUUUAGGAAGGAAUUCCAGGAGCUUGAGUCAAUGCGCUUCCAAAGUAUCGAAGAUGCUAUUAAUAGAAUUGUAAUUUUCGAAACCAGUUGUGAUAUGAACAACAAAUAUGACACCAAAGGCAUGGCAGCUCUUGUUGAGAAGUUAGACCGUGAUACCUAUUGUGAGGAGAUUAAAGUCGAUAAAAUAUCCCAACUUGAAAGGCUCAGCUUCAAACCAGAAGAUGAGCUUAAGCAUUUCGACCUAUUUUACGAAGAUAACAAGGAAAAUGAUGAAAUAGAGAGAAAAUGAGAAGAAGUAGUCAAUUUUGUUGAAAAAGUUCAAUCUGCUAAGAACCGAAAUGAAGUUGACCAUAUUAUGAGCAACUAUUUUGAUACAUUUACUGAGCAAGUGCAGCAUUACAGAUGAAGAGACUCUUUCAUAGCAAGUUUUGUCUCUAGAAUGGAGAACAAACAUACUGUCUUUAAAGGAAAAUUCGUUUAUGAUGCCAUGGUGGCUAUCUUCAAACAAAUUUUAGAAAGAGCCUAUGAACAAGAAGAUACUGAAUGAGGGUACAAAAUAGUUGAAAUUAUGAGAUCUUUCUACUACAGCCCUGCUGAGGGCAUCCUGUUCAUCUACCUCCAAAACGAACUGAAGGAUGCAAGUAUCUACCGUGAUUCAAAAUUCUGGCAAAAGUACUGAGUAUUGUACUGCAGGAAUAUUCUAAGGGACACUUCUUUUGAGUAUGAAAACUCUAAGGACAAGGAAUACAAAAUUAAGAAGUCUUUAUACAAGACUUGCUACAAGCUUAGCCAGAUCAUGCUCAGUUUUGGCCAGCCCAAGGAAGCUAUCAAGAGUCUCAUCUCUGAACUAUGAAAGUCCUUCAAGCUUGAACAGACUGCUAUUGAAGCUAUUCUUGAUGAAAUUGAUUAUUAUGGACUGACAAAUGAAGAAAUUGAAGAACUUAGAAAAUCAAAGAAGAGUAAAGGAAAGAGUUCAUCUGGUGGUUGGUUUGGAACUUUCUCAAAAAUGGGAUCUAUGUUUAAUCCGCUCUCAGAUCCUGGUAGUCGAAGAGCAAUAUCCCCAAGAGAGGAAGCAAAGAAUUUGGAUGCAGAUGAUCCUGGCAGAAAGCCUAGUAUGUCUCAGAUGGUAUCUUCUAAUUUUGUGAUUCCUACCCAAGGCGAAGCAAAUUCUGAUUAUCUAAGAGGUUCUUCAAACGGAAGUAUUGAUAGGAGUAAAGACCUAAGCAAGGAAUAUGACCAGAAAUUAAUCGAGGAACAGAAAGUAACUGAAGUUUGAGAAAAAGACCCUAUUCAAAUCACAGAAAACAUUGAGUUUGAAGCAGGUUCCCAAAUAAGUCACCCAGUCAAGAAUCCUCCUCAAGCCGUAAAUAAAGUGAGUGGGGAAAGUCCUCAGAUGGAAUAAUUUCACAAUAAAAUUUGUUUCAAGC